AAAAGGCUGUAUCCUCUUGGUCCUAAGCUUUUGAGAAGCGCCAUGGCCAUUUUUUCGCUCCUAGCCUUUCUUCUCUUCCUUUAAUCUGAUUAAUUUUACUGCCGUCCUACAGAUUUAAAAUAAAAUUAAAAAAAAAAAGGACGGCAAGAUGGCUGAGAUGGGCAAGGGAGUCACUGCAGGGAAAAUAGCCAGCAACAUGCAGAAGAAGCUCACCAGGGCCCAAGAGAAGGUCCUCCAGAAACUUGGCAAAGCUGAUGAAACAAAAGAUGAGCAAUUUGAACAGUGUGUGCAAAACUUUAACAAACAGCUGGCAGAAGGAUCCAAGCUACAGAAGGAUCUCCGGACCUACCUGACUUCAGUUAAAGCAAUGCAUGAAGCCUCCAAGAGACUUACAGAGUGUUUGCAAGAAGUAUAUGAACCCGAUUGGCCAGGAAGGGAUGAAAGUUACAAAAUAGGAGAGAAUAAUGACUUGCUUUGGACAGACUUUCAUCAGAAACUGGUAGAUCAGGCAUUGCUGACUAUGGACACCUAUCUUGGCCAGUUCCCAGACAUAAAGUCUCGCAUUGCUAAACGGGGAAGGAAACUUGUAGACUAUGACAGUGCCAGGCAUCAUUAUGAAUCUCUUCAAACUGCAAAGAAGAAAGAUGAGGCUAAAAUUGCCAAGCCUGUGUCGUUGCUUGAGAAAGCCGCGCCUCAGUGGUGCCAAGGGAAGCUACAAGCGCACCUCGUAGCUCAGACUAACCUACUGCGGAAUCAGGCUGAAGAAGAAUUAGUAAAAGCCCAGAAAGUAUUUGAAGAGAUGAACAUUGAUCUUCAGGAAGAACUGCCUUCACUAUGGAAUAGUCGUGUUGGUUUCUAUGUCAACACGUUCCAGAGUAUUGCUGGCUUAGAAGAGAAUUUUCAUAAGGAGAUGGGCAAGUUAAACCAAAACCUGAAUGAUGUCCUUGUGACUCUAGAGAAAGAACAUGCAACAACCACCUAUCCUGUCAAAGCUCAGCCAAGAUUAAAGAAAACUAAACUCUUCUCCAGGCUGAGGAAAAAGAUGAGCAGUGACAGCACCAAAGUAAACAAAACUCCUUCAUCUCCACCUGAUGGGACUCCCAUCACUAGCCCUGAGAUCAAGGCCGUCAACCAUGAACCAGAGCCAUCCACUCUGGAAGCUCCUGGGGGAGGCAUCCCCAAGUCUCCCUCUCAGUUGAGGAAAGGCCCUCCUGUGCCACCACCUCCAAAACUCACUCCAUCCAAGGAGAUGAAGCAGGAGAACAUCAUCAACCUGUUUGAUGACAAUUUUGUCCCAGAGAUCAGUGUGACAACCCCCUCACAGCAUGGUGGCCUGCGGCUUUUACCUCUUCCUCCAGUUCGACGACUGAAACUUUGCGUGAAAGGCCUGAAUUUGGGAGAAAAGUUUGAUGCCCCUGGGUCCUUUCAGGAGGGAGCCAGCCUAUUGGAUCUGGAUUUUGAUCCCAUUAAACCAGAUAACAACCUUGUAGGGAAGUCGCCCACACCUGCUACUCAGUCUUUGCCUUGGGAUUUAUGGGAGCCUACAGAAGCCACUCCUGGUGAGGCUGAGGGAGCUGGCAAAGAAGGAACAGCUGGAGCUGAAGCAGCUGCUAAACCCGAAACUGAUUCAGGAUCUGCCUCAAGUUCUCUGCCAACUGUAGUUGUGGAGACUUUCCCUGCCACAGUUAAUGGAACCGAUGAGAAUAGAGCCGUCUCUGAGAGGUCUGACAUGCCACCAGGGUUUCUCUUCAAGGUACAAGCCAUGCAUGAUUAUGCUGCUACUGACAGUGAUGAAUUACAGCUAAAGUCUGGAGAUGUGGUCUUGGUGGUUCCAUUUGAAAAUCCAGAUGAGCAGGAUGAAGGAUGGCUGAUGGGUGUGAAAGAGUCUGAUUGGCUUCAGCACAAAGCAUUUGACCAAUGCCGGGGAGUUUUCCCAGAGAAUUUCACUGAGCGGGUGCAGUGAGGUCUUGCAGCUCCUUAGAUAGCUUCUCUUCAACAAGAAAGCAAGAGGUGUCUUCUCCCCCUCCUCCUGAGGAAGGUUUAAAAAGAAUAAUUGAAAAAAAAAUGUUUUUUUUAAAAAGCAGCUUAAAGGUUGGAUUCUUCACAGAAAACAAUGUUUUAGAAGUCCACUGAAUCAAAGUAUUAUCAAAGAUAUAGAUAAUAAAGAAAGACAGGUUGGGAAAAAUCCUUUUUCUGUUUGAGUUAAAUAAGGUCAAUUCAGAAGGUUGUCACUGAGUGGUGGAGCGAUGUUGUGUGAAAUAGGAUGUGCUCAGCAUUGUAAGCUGUGAAUCCUAGCAGUCCUGUUCUCCUGAAACUACACAAUAAAGUUUUAUCUUGUGGGAAGGCACGGUCAACCUGU